UUCGCAAAAAUAAUUAUAGAAUAUAGCCGAAAAUGAAUUUCAUGGGUAUUGAACAAUUUCCAGAUUACAAAGUUCCCGGCACACAACACCAGGACUUUUCUCCUUAUGAAUCCAAUGGAGGAUCCAUUGUGGCAAUUGGAGGCGAUGAUUAUGUGGUCAUAGCAGCCGACACUCGUCUCAGCAGUGGAUACACCAUUCAUACACGCAAGCAAAAUAAACUUUUCCAAUUAAGUGAGAAAACUGUUUUGGGUUCAACUGGUUGCUGGUGUGAUACCUUGGCCCUGACGGCUUUAGUCAAAGCUCGCAUGCAGAUGUACGAGCACACCCAUCUGAAGACCAUGUCCACCGAUGCCAUUGCCCAAAUGUUGUCUAUUAUCAUGUACAACAAACGCUUCUUCCCCUAUUAUGUAUCCAAUGUUUUGGCUGGUUUGGACAAUGAAGGCAAGGGUGUUGUCUAUUCAUACGAUCCAAUUGGACAUUGUGAACGUACCACUUACAGAGCCGGUGGUACCGCUGGGGCAUUGCUACAACCCGUUUUGGAUAACCAGAUUGGUUUCAAAAACAUGCAACUGGAUGGUGAAAUUCCCAAAGUGGACAAGGAGCGUGCUGUUGCCAUCGCCACGGAUACAUUUAUUUCAGCUGCCGAACGUGACAUUUACACCGGUGAUGCCGUUAUUAUUAAUAUAAUUACCAAGGAUGGCAUUGAAGUCAAAGAAGUACAACUAAGAAAAGAUUAAAAAC